AUGGACGAAGCAGGCGACAUGCUCAACGCAGCCCCCAGCCUCCAGGACAUCGUGGACGAGAUUCAAGCUGAGAAGUUGACAGAAGUUAUGAAGCGCAAGGAAUGGGAAAGGUCAGAAAAAUGGAGGAAAAUGGCUAAAGUUGUUCGUCGGGGCGGCGAGGGUGAGGGCAUGGAGUUUGAGUUCGACAUGAGAAACCCUAAGCUGAUUGAAAGGACAUGGAAAGGAAUACCUGACCGAUGGAGGGGGGCAGCUUGGUGGUCUUUUAUGGCCACCAGCGCGAGGGAACAUGAGGGAUCACCCUCCGAGGAGAGAAUCGUAGCCGAAUUUCAUCGGCUCCAGCGACGAAGCUCCCCAGAUGAUGUGCAGAUCGACUUGGACGUGCCCAGGACCAUCAGUCGCCAUAUUAUGUUUCGACGACGUUAUCGAGGUGGCCAGCGACUACUGUUCAGGGUUCUUCAUGCGAUAUCAAUCUACUAUCCUGAGACAGGUUAUGUUCAGGGCAUGGCUUCGCUCGCGGCAACACUGCUCUGCUACUUCGACGAAGAGAAGUGCUUUGUCAUGCUAGUGCGAAUGUGGCAUCUCCGUGGACUGGCUCGUCUAUACCGUCCAGGUUUUGAGGAACUCAUGGCAGCCAUGGGCGACUUCAGUAAGCACUGGCUUAAUAAGGAAGUAGCCAGUAAACUCGACGAGUUAUGUAUUGAUACUACUGCUUAUGCCCAGCUGCGAAUCUGGGAUGUCUUCCUCCUAUUGGGUAAUGACACGUCUUUUAUGUACGAAUCACGAAAGUCCGAGACCAACACUCCUCAGACGGUGGAAUACGAUGUUUUGCACGCUACUAGUGCAGCAUUGGCUCAAGCCCUCCGAGAGGUCCUCUUGGGUGCGGAAUUCGAGAACGCCAUGAAGGCAUUGACAUCACCUAUCCCCGUCAAAGAUGAGGACUUUUUGAUGAAAGUGGUCAAGGCGGAAUACAAACAACACCACGGCAAGAAGAGGGCGUAG